AUGACAACGGUGAAAAGCAACUCUACCGAAGGCAAUCAGCCGGAUAAAGGCAAAUCACCACUCUCUUCGUCGUCUUCUUCGUCCUCGUCGUCCGAUUCGGACGAUGGAACAGACUCAUCGAGUGAGUCCGAUUCCUCAUCGGCAUCAAACAGCAAAACCAGUAGCAAGCAAAGCAACGGUGGCCCCGCUCAGACCGCGGAGAAACCAACACAGUUUAGCGUGACAAGUCGCAGUUCCGACGGGCAUCUACGAAUGAAGAUAGCCAUUCCGCGAAGCCAAUCUAACUCCACGCCCACACCGUCACCAACGUCCACCGGAUCAUCCGGCAUCGCUUCCGGUCAGCACCAGCAACAACUUUCGCCUCGAGAUGGCAAGCAGAAAACCGUCGAACAUGGCGCCAGGGAAGCAUCCGGUGCGUCGUCGCUGCAUCCAGCAACGUGCCUCAUGUCGGCCGGCUCCGAUGGGUCCGUACCGGGCAAAAGUACCGAAUCUUUCAAGGCAUCCCACGAAAAGCGUGACAAAAGUGCCAUGGCGGGCGAGGCAAGAAGUGCCUCAGGACGCCAGCAUGCGUCCUGCUCUUCGACGGCAGGGCCGAGCGGAAGCGGUUUGUCGGACAAACCCUCCGGAAAGAUCAAACCGGAUGGCGGUAAAAGGGAAUCCGACGGAAGGACCAAUCAGUCGGCAAAAGGAGGCAAACGCACGGCCGGUGUGCAGGGCAAGCGAAAGAAAAGUGUCAGCGAGACUGAUUCCAGCUCGCCCAGUUCUUCGUACUCCUCCUGCUCGAGCAACAGUGACAGUGAAACGAGCAGCAGUGCUGUGGAAAAUGGAAACGGACUGCAGGGCGGCAAAAGGGCCUCGGGACCCGGUACCGGAGGUAGUGUUGACCCCACGAGAACGACGGCAAUGGCGUCGGCGGGAAAGUCAAGUGGUGUCGGCAAAAAGCAAAAACUUGUCAAACGAAAAAAGGCCAAUCGCAGCGGUACCACGAGCAGUAGUGAAGACGAGCGCGAAGAUGCGACUACUGCGGGGGCUGGAGGUAGCCGUGGAGGGCAGACACAUGCCGCCAACCAAUCUUCCGACUGCGAUUCCAGCUCUUCCGAUGAGGAGGAAAAAAGAUUCUCACACGCCCGAACGGCGAAGGCGAAGCCAAUGGGACAAACAAAAGGGGCCACAAACUCCGUUGCUCGAAGCCGGACGGACAUGGAGGACUUGCCGUCGGUGGGACCGCCACUUUCCUCUUCCACACCGGCAAAACAACCGCCGUAUGCGUCGGUGGGAAUGAGUUUAAUGACCGCCAUCAUACCGCCACCAACCGUCGACGGUGGGCUUACCGCCGAGGGAGGUUCCUGUUCGAGUGAUAACGAACUCCCAGCCCUAGUGAGUGCGGCAAUCCGCCGUGUGGAAAGUGGUUCCGAUGCGGAAAGCAUCCGCGGCGCGAACGCUGGCCCAACGCAGCAGUACACGUCGAGUUUGCUGCGGGAGUUUGUGGUGAAGACGCAGAUGCUCGGUUCCGUUGGAAGCGGUAGUGGUGCCGCGGCCAGCGGUAGUGGUGGUAAUGUGCUGGUUGGUGCUGGUACCGGUGGAUCGUCCAAGGCAACCGCAGCCCAACGUUCCCCAUCGUCAUCGUCGUCCUCUUCGUCGUCGUCGGGUGGAUCGUCUUCAUCGUCGUCUUCCUCUUCGGUGGAUGAAGGUGGGCCCGAUCCUGCCAUAGGCAGUGCCGGACCAGGGCCCGGUGGUGGGGCAAGCAUUGUCCUGGACGUUCGCAAAAUCAAAACAGAAUCACCCGUUCCCACGGCGUUGGCCGGCGGUCGCAGCACGCCGCUCGUAAACGGUGUAGCAUCGAUAGGUGUCCAACAGCCGGCAGCUGUUCCCCGACGACGGGGCCGGCCACCAAAAUCGAGCCUAGCGAAUGCUGCAGCAGCAACGGCUGCUGGAGCGAAGGCAACAACCGGCCAGUCCAAACCGGUAGCCAUUCCGAUCGUCAGCGAAUCGCCGGAUUCAGGAAUCCUUUCGACGCACAGUUCGACCGGUUCGCCCAAGCAGAAGGAAAAACAAAGGGGUACCGCAGCGACAAUGGCGUCCCGGCGCAGCAAAUCUGAAGCUGCCCGUGGCAGUGAGUUGCCUGCGUGUACUUCGUCAAUCGUGCGAAGCUCCCCAGUACCCACGGUCGCGAGUGGCGGUGCAAGUCGGAGCGCGUCCACGUCGUACGCCAUCAAUUCCUGCCUCGAUCGAAACACGUACGCCACCGAGCGCGUCCUCUAUCCGCCCCGAGCCGCGAAGAAGCGAGGCGUUGGUAGGCCCCCGAAGAAGGACACCCAGCAGCAAGCGGCGAAUGCGCGCGGCAUCACCAAUGGGCCACUGUCGGUCGAUGAGCGGCUUGAUCCGCACUGGCAAAAGAUCGAUAUCAGCAAGAAGUUCCACGAGCCACGGCUGAGUGGGUACAAGAGUGACGGUGGCCAUUCGACGAUUUGCUGCAGCAAGCGUCUCGCCUCACAAAGCGGCUACAUCAGUGACUACGGUGGCGUUGGGGCUAGCGGUGGUGGCCGUAGUCGACUUUCCGGCUACAAAUCGGAUUACAGUGCGCGCUCGCGACGUAGCUGUGGACGAAGCGGUGGCGGCGGUGGCUAUCGGAGUGAUUACGGGCGGGCACGAAGCUGUGGCUAUCGAAGUGACUGUAGCACUCGCCAUCGAAAGCAGGUGCGCCGGAAACGACGCAAGAAGAUUCCGACGGAACAGCAACACCAGCAUCAGCAGCAUGAUCAUGCCCAUCACAAUAACAACGUGGACGAUCGGAAGAAUUAUAACAACACUUCUGCUGCGGCCGGUGGUGGUGGUGGUGGCAGCAAUAGUGGCAAGUCAGCCAGUGUCGGCGAACUGGAGAUCAUGUUUAAGGCCGGGCUUACGCUCGGCAGUACGAGCGACGAGGACGAUAGCAGCAGCACCAGCAGUAGCACGAGCAGCAGCAGUGCCGGGAGCCGUGAGUCACUCUUUUCAGCCGCAUCCACCACCGCCUUGGCCGUUCCCCCACCGAGUGCCAAACCGAGUGUUCCACUAGGGAAGGGAGCGAGGAAGAGAUUACCGACACCACCGCCCCCAGCACCGGCACCGGCAAAGCAAAAGGAAGUGAAGGCACCGGUCCAACGAUUACCGAAAACUCCACGCAAGCCGGCCGCAUCGAAGGCAGCGACCGCUUCCGUGGUCGCUCCUGUGAAACCGCCCGGAGCACGAGCCCGUGCCAAGUCGGUCAGUGCUGUUGAUCGUCGGCGGCACACGGCCGCCGACAUGGAUGAUGAUGACGAUGUUGAAGAACGAUGGUUAGGCGGAGGAGGAAGUCGGGCACGAAACAAAACACAACAGGCCGGAGUUCCGACGCCAAAGCCUUCGAUCGCCGCCACCGCUUCGGUCGCACUGAAGCAAAAAUCGUCGGCAAUGGUUAAAAAACCGGGCCAGCGUGGUCGUCCGCCGGGUUCGGUUAAGAAACCACCGCCAGUACCACCACCUCCAGCGGAACCCAUUGCAGCCGCCGGUCCCAAAUCAUCUGCUGGACUGUUGGAUGUGUUGCUUGCGCCCGGUGGCGACGGUCGGUCGGCCGUGACGCGCCUGCCGGUGAACAAUUUCGGCGGUGUGUUCGCAUCGAUGUGUGGCAAGAAGUCUUCGCAAGCACCGAACCUGGAUCAAUCAAUCUUUGCCUUCUCUAGCUCGACGGUGGAGGCGAAGAAUUCGUUCGCGGCCUACCUGCUGCGAGACGCGGCGAGUCGCUCCAAGGAACAACCGCAGGGUAGUGGUGCUGGCGGGAACCUGGUGAUGCCACCAGUAAAGAAAGGCCUUCCGCUGUCGAAGGCAAACGUGAUCAAGAACUCGGAGGAGUGCAACAAGCGGUUCCAGAAGUCGAGCUCGUCGUUCGCGCUGUCGGUGGUCGGUGGUGGGGAUCUGUUGGCGCGCCUCGCCGACGGUACGAUCCCGAAGGCGUCACCGACGAAAUCGGUGUGCUCGAAGCGUAGCCGACGGAAGAGCUGCACCAGCGAUCGGUUGGAGGUGAUGUCGGUCAAGAGUUACGGUGUGUGCGGGAAGAUCCGCCAGCGGCGUCUGAGUACGAUGAGCCGGUGUAGCAGCCGGUCGGCGGGAUCGAGACAUGCGGCGGCACGGAUGAAGCGGCGCAGAAAACGAUUACGCUCGAUGUCCGUGGCACCGGGAGCCCCGGAACAUGGUGGCGGUACCGGUACCGGUGCGACAACUUCCUCCGCGACGGACUCGAAGCUAAACAUCGAGAUCGAACGGUUGAGUGAGAGUUUUAACGGCAUGUGUCGGAUUGUUGCUGGAAAUUCACCCGACGACGGUCCGGCAGCAAACACCAUUUCGGUUGGCUCAACAACGGCCCCCGGCAAAGGACAUCAAACGAAACGGUCGGUGAAGAAAAGGAAAGCUUCGGAACAUGUGACUGAAUCACCCUCAGUGGCGGGCGGUGUGGGUGGGUCCGGGAGCGUUACCAGCGGAAUCUCUGGGGUCACUGGCGGUGGUGGCACCGGGAAACGACGGAACAAAAAAUCCGUACCAACGCAAAGUCCCGACGAUCAUAAGCUUCCACUGAAAAAGCGUCACUAUCUUUUAACGCCGGGCGAGAAAGGAAAUAACAGUGACAACAAUAGUGGCGUCGAUGAAGCGAAAGGAGUGAGCGGCGGUGGUGGUGGUGUUGGAAAUGCCGGAAGUGCAGGUGGAUCAGUCGGUGCGGUUGGAACAAAUGUGAACCCUGCCGGAAGUCACACGGUGCUUAAUCCGUGCGCUUUAGGCAGCGGGAGAUUGUUGGUACACUCGACUCCCGGGGCCGUCGGAUCUUCACUUUCCGGCGCGGCCACAAAGGCUGUGACGCCGAAGAAGCGACACCUUCUCAAGUCACCCGAACCGGGGCCAACGCCAGCCGAUGAGGAGGUACACCUGCAGCAGAUCAAAUCGAGCGACUCUCCCCUUACGAUCGUCAACGGUGGUGUUGGUGGUGUUGGCAUGAUGGGGGAAGCGGUAAACUCUUCACCCACGGAAGGAGGAAGGAAGGAUGUCAUCGCCACUGGAACCAACAGCGCCAUCAGUGCUUUGUCUGGCAAGAAAAAACAUCACAAUAGAACGCAGGAAACCACCACCGGUGGACCAUCCGGUAAGGAACGACAGGGAGGAAACGCAUCAGUUGUGACGCCCGCUGGGCAAAGUCACCUGAGCCCUCCAGAUGGUGGCCAUCGAUCGACACCACCUUCACGACCGUCCGUUAUACAAUCUUCAUCAUCGUCCGCCGUGUUGGCAUCGGCUGCCUCAACGUCAACAUCCACCCUGCCGACCACCACCGGCCCACCGCCGGGAGUUUUCGAGCCAACGGUCGAUCUGGAACUGGUAAUACCUCCCGCUGCCUCCAUCCCGUCCCUUAUCGCCAAGGUGGAAAUGCUCGAUUCACCUCGCCUCGGAAAAGAAGGUCAAAGUAUUGGCGCCGGUUCCGGCGCAAGUGUCUCAACGAAGCUGGAAUCCGAUGAACUGCUCAUUGGAGUCGGUGGACAACGCAAAGGAGGUGGCCUGCUGGCUACCGUCACACCGUCGUCCUCGUCGUCGGAGAAGGUUCUGGAGAAGCUGCUUACAAAAACGGGGGCCCAUCAUCUGCUACUGAAGAAGAAGCGCAAGAAACCGAACCGAACCGGUUUCCCCACGGUUAAGAAGAAGAAGAAAAAGCUCCAGGAUGGUGUCGGAUCGGUUGACGACCUCUCACUCGGUGGUGGGCUCGAGCUGAAACCGGAGGUUGGUCCGGAUCUGUUUGACUCGUCUCACCUUACACGCCACGUACCUUCCGAAGCGGAGAAGACGCGAAUGCGAGAGAAGCAACAGCAACAGCUCCUGGCGACGGCCAACAGUUGUGAUAGGGUUCCCAAGGACGGUGAGCCGACGGGAAGCUUCAUUGAGCGGCAUACCGGAGCUGGACGGCCGCGUUUGUCCGUGGUAAGCUUGGAGAAAUUACAGGGCAAGUUGCCACUAGGUGGACGGGACGUAGCGACAACACCGCCUGCAACUGGUGGCCGUGGCCGCAAGUCCGUCAUCAACCCGGUGGCAGCGGAACUUCAGUUAGCGACCCAAAGGUCACUGGAACGGGCAAGAAAGUCCGGCGACUCAUCGCCGGUCACUGGGAGAGGCAAGGGAAAAUCUAAACAACAACCACCCGAACCACCAGGAGGGGGACACAAAGGAAAGCUAACCACCGAAAGGGGCGGUGGUGUGAUGCCGAAGGAGCGCAGUCGUAGUAAGAGCGUGUGUGCGGCAACGGUUGCGGCCGCUCUGGACCACCGGGAACAUCUACCGAACAUUGUGCGUCUGAGUGAAACGCUCACGAAAAGUGUCAGCGCAAGGGAAAACAAGGAAAACAACAAGCUGACCACCGCCGUCGGGAAGGGAUCCCCGGGUGGUCCGAAAAAGUCAAACAGCGUGAAGGAACAGGUCGCGAACGAGCCUUCUACGGCCGUUCUAACGUCGCCUACCGAACCGCAGGGAGUGAUCCGACGGACACGUAGUUCCUCGAUGGCACUUGAUCCGGCGGAAGUUGGGAAGCUGAUUCACGGAGGAGUGGAUGAUGUGGCUGGGAAAGCGGCCGGUGGAGCGGCAGCACCUCAAACGAGCCCAGUGGCUGGCACGCGGGGCACCCCCGUCGGUCAUCACAACGAAGAUUCCACUUCGCUCGACUCGAUGCCACUGCUGAAGAGGGUUCAUUCGCGGUCCAUCUCUCGGCUGCAGUCGGUCAUCAGUACGCCUUCGGUGUUGAUCGAGCCGUUAGCCACCUUCCCGAAAGCACCCGGCCGCCCUAGAGGUCGCCCAAGGACGACGUCUCCCAUCACGGCCACCGAGACUCCUCACUCUCCGAGCGCCACAACCGGCGGCGUUGGACGUGGAAGACCUCGGACGGCACUAGCUAUCACCAGUCAUCCGCCGUCCGCCUCGAUCGAUCGUGCCACCGCAUCAUCUCCGCUAUCCUCACCAACGGCCAGCCCGACGGUGGCCACCAGCGGACGGAAGAAACGUGGUCGCGAUGGCCGUAAGUCCGUCCCGGCCGUUUCGACGGCCGAUUUCAUAGAACCGAUCGAAAGCGCCCGUCUAGAGACCAUGCCGGUAGCUGCACCAAUCGGCACCAGGACCACACCGUCAAAGUCGGUCACACCAACCCCACGACCGGUCGUACCGGUUGUCGUGCCCCGGUUGAAACGGGGCAAAAGUGACGAAACACUGCGCGCGCUUCAACAGGCGGAAAAACCGGCCAAGCGAGCGAAAAAGGACCCGGCCGAAGCGGGUGGGGAAUCGCAGGCAGCGUCUAAAGCCACCACCGCCGGCGAAAAGGGACGGCCGCCCAUCGUGGAACCGAUCGAUCCAGAAGAGACGGCACACGCCCUUCAGCCCGCCAGUACGACCGAAGAGCUCGAGCACGAUCCACUCCCACCGGACGAGGGCCCAUCGGACUUUUUCCGUCUGCUCGAAACACCUUCGCCAACGUCCUCGGGUGAGUCGCGGGAUGUGCUGACGCGCAGGAAACUGCCACGCAAGAAGUACAUCGCCGCCGGACUGUUCUCCGAUUGCUACAAGGACGAUGGUACCGGCGGGGAUGGUAGUGGUGGUGGUGGUGGUGGCCGGCUUGGGUCCAAAAGCGUCCCGCCGGAGACGCUACUCCCACCACCGGCCUACUGCGAGCGGUUCCUGCGACGCACGGUGCGUGACUUUCAGCUUCCGUACGACCUGUGGUUGGCGCACGAGAACGGCAAGCUGCCGGGAAGGAGUGCGGUGCCAAGCUGGAACUACCGGAAGAUCCGCACGAACGUGUACUACGACGUGAAGCCGAACCCGUCGACGGAUAAUCCGCAGUGCAACUGUCGGCCAGACAGUGGCUGCCAGGACGAUUGCCUCAAUCGGAUGGUGUACACCGAGUGCGUACCGGAGCACUGCCCGUGCAGCGAUCGGUGCCAGAACACGAGCAUCCAGCGGCACGAGUAUGCGCCCGGGCUGGAGCGGUUCAUGACGGAGGAGAAGGGCUGGGGCAUUCGGUCGCGCGAACCAAUCCGCAAGGGUUCGUUCAUCAUGGAGUACCUCGGGGAGGUGGUGACCGAGCGCGAGUUUAAGGAGCGAAUGCGUACGCUCUACCUCAACGACACGCACCACUACUGUCUCAACCUGGACGGCGGGCUGGUGAUCGAUGGCCAUCGGAUGGGUAGCGACUGCCGGUUCGUGAACCAUUCGUGUGCGCCCAAUUGCGAGAUGCAAAAGUGGUCCGUGAAUGGGCUGUUCCGGAUGGCGCUGUUCGCACUGCGGGACAUUACGCCGAACGAGGAGCUGAGCUACGAUUACAACUUUAGUUUAUUCAACCCGUCCGAGGGGCAACCGUGCCGGUGCGGGUCGGAACAGUGUCGUGGCGUGAUCGGUGGAAAAUCGCAACGCAUCAAACCGAUGCCCUCGGGUGCUGGGGGUUCGUCUGGGGUGGCCACCGGUGGCUUGGGAGUGUGCGACACUCGUCGAAAUCACACCGACGGUGGUGGUGUCGGCAUUGGUGAAGGAACCGAGUCCGGUGGAGGAAAGUUGGGAAGCGGAGAUGUUGCGGGAGGUGCAUCGUUGGCACCGGGAGGAGGCUCCAUGGUGGGGUCUACCGAUCUGAGCCCACGCAGUGCGGCCAGAUCCCGCAAGCGGCAGGCAAAGAAGAACCAACCGAUAACGCACCUCAACGGUACGCCCAUUCCCACGUUCCAUCCGCCGACGGUUAAGGAGCGUAAUCUGAUUGUCGAGCAUCAUUGCUUUUUGCUGCGCAAUCUGAACAAAAUUCGCCGGCAAAAGGAGCGGGCGGCCGCAGCUGCCCUAGCAGCCGGCGGAACGGCAGGGGCUGGUGGUGGUGGUGGCGGCGGAGUUGGUUCGUCGGCGGAAGCGAACGGGGGAACGCUGACGGCAGGAGAUCAAGGACAACAAGGACCCGGAAAGCCGUCGCUUGCAUCGCAAAUCUCUGCCCUGCGCUGUCCUCGCAACAUUCGCACCCGUGGGCUCGCCUUCGUCGAGGACGAUCCGGAGCUGGAGAAAACGGCCCGUAUUGCCGUGGCCCUCAAGGAGAUUUGCAUCGAAAUUGCUACGCUGAAGGACGAGAAAGGUCAACCGUACAUCAGCAAAUUGCAGCUGCCAUCGAAAAAGAAAACACCUCUGUACUACGAGCGUAUCCCAAGGCCGAUCGAUCUGAGCCAGAUUGAGACGAACAUCGAGCAGGGCGCGUACCGGAUGCCGAAGGCGUUCGAGGACGAUCUGCUGAUCAUGCUGAGCAAUGCGAUCAAGUACUACGGUAUCAGUUCUCCCGAGGGGGUGGCGUCGGAGGCGCUCAAGUCGCACUACUACACGUGCAAACAGGCGCAAGUUCCGAAGCUGCAGGCCUACAUCGGGGAGGAGAACGAGCUGCUGGUCGGGUUUGUACCAAAACGGGAGCCGGCGGAUGAUGACGCAGGUGGUAGUGGUGUUGCUGCUGGUGGUGGUGGUGGUGCUGGCAUCGGAAGCGGGGCGCCGAAGGCAAAACGAGGCCGCCGGCAGGAACAGCCGGAAGACAUCAUACGUUGCAUAUGCGGGCUGUUCAAGGACGAGGGUCUCAUGAUCCAGUGUUCCAAGUGUCUCGUGUGGCAACAUAUCGAGUGCACCAAGGCGGACCCGGCCGUGGAGAACUAUCUGUGCGAGCGGUGUGAUCCGCGCGAGGUGAACUACGAGAUUCCACUGAACGAGUUCACCGAGGAGGGCUACCAGUACUACAUCUCGCUGAUGCGCGGGCAGUUGCAGAUCCGCCAGACGGACACGGUGUACGUGCUGCGUGACAUUCCCAUGUCACCGGAACCGGGAGCCGCCGCCGGGGCACCCGUUCGCAAGCACACGUACGAGACGAUCGGGAAGAUCGAGUACAGCGAGUGUGACAUUUUCCGCGUGGAAAGCCUUUGGAAGGACAAGGAGGGUCGCCGGUUCGUGUACGGCCAUCACUAUCUGCGACCGCACGAAACGUACCACGAGCCGACGCGCCGCUUCUACCCGAACGAGGUGAUGCGCGUCCCGCUGUAUGAGGUUAUCCCGAUCGAGCUGGUCGUCGAUCGCUGCUGGGUGCUCGAUCCGAUCACGUUCUGCAAGGGCCGACCGGUCGACAGCUCCGAGCCGCAUGUCUACAUUUGCGAGCUGCGCGUGGACAAGAGUGCCCGCCUGUUCUCGAAAAUCUCCCGCCAUUCGCAUCCGGUCUGCAUGAAGUCGUACGCGUUCCAUAAGUUCGAACAGAAGCUCAAGAUUGCCAAAACGUUCGCGCCGCACGAUCUUGGUUCACUGGCACACUUGCUAUCGAUACGGGAUAAGCAAAAGAAGGGCUCCAAAAAGGACGACGGAAACGGAGGACAGUCGCUCGGGCUGGGUUCGGCAGGUGGUUCUGGUGGUGCUGGAGGAGCAGGAAGUCACACGAGCGGAUCGAAGAAGAUGACACCGAUCGUGCAAUUGUUGCCACCACCGCCUAAGAUCGACUCGAACGCAGAUCGAGCUCUCGAGCCAAAGCCUCCAUCGGGAGAGGUGAAGCCACGCAGAGCAAAGACACUAGCCGAGAAGCGCAACCGAUUGGAGCAGGUCCUUGCUCGGCUGAUGCAUAAGCUAAGCCUUCUGCCGGGUUCCCUGCCGGCGGUCGACAUAUCCUACCUGCUUACGGGCCGCGGUGCCCGGCUGCGACGGACCAACAACGCCACUCCGGUGCCAGUUAUUUGAGAGUGGGUGCGCAAGAGAAGGAAACGGCGUCGUAAAUGGAAACGAUGCUACGACUGAACGCUACGACACCCAUGGAAGCGUUCAGUUUCAGGUUUCUUUCUCGUGCCCGUCCAAGGACUGCAAACCCUCGGAAGCAGCUCGGGGGGCUUAAUUUUAACAAGAUUUUGUCCUUCCCCAAGGAAUAUUUUCCUACCGACACAGAGACGACAUAAUCCCGGGUCGAAGGAUGGGAUGGACAGAGGUAAAACAAGCAACACGUUGUGUGCUCUUACCUCUGUUCUUGCCAUUUCGAUCUCUUAUCUUAGAGCACGGGGACCCAAAGCUUCGAUUGGAGCUAGGAAAGUAGUUUUCUUUUAGUUUAUAUUUCAUGCACCACCUAUUAGAAAGAUUUUUUUUUUGCGAAGGAAUAGACAGGCGAUAUUAUACUACAUUACUUGCUAGGAGAUUUUUAUUCAAACUCACCCCCACCCAAGUCACAAAAACCACAAACAUGCACACUCAUUUACUCACACAACCACUCAUGUAAGCAUUCGUACACAAAUCCGAGCUGUACCUUAUUUUUGUAAGUUAUUACUUAUUUAUUAUUGUUAAAGGUUUAAACUAAUUAGUUGGCGGUCGAGUCUAGAAGCUUUGUUGGAAUGUGUUUUUUUUAAUACUUUCUUUUUUCUACUUUGGAAUGGAUAGGAGAUUUUGAGCUGGAUAAGUUGUUAUUUAUUUGUACGAAUUUUUAAAGUGGAAAUUUUGAUUCGCCUUUCCUUUUUAAACGAAGCCCUAGCCAGUAGUAGUAUUUUGUAUUGAGAGAGUUCAUAUUAUUUUUUAGUUAAGUUUUAUCUUAAGGGUUUUAUAGAUAAUUUUAAGUAUUGGCUCCUUUAAAAGAAUAUGACAACUAAUACGAUUAGUUCCGACUCAAAUAGAAACAAAAACUAGAUGUUAAUAAUGCAAGUGAAAACUCAUCAAAACAUCAGAGAAACAAUAGAGCCCCUCCUCGCCCCCCUCGUACUCAAUGUCCUGUAUAAGCGAAAUAAUUUUAACAACGCUACAAUUGCAUCUGCUUGUGAUUACUGUAAGAGAUAAUAGGAUUUCAUACGAAAGGAACCGAAAUGCUGAGAUGCGAAAAUUUUAGAACUACUCUUCUGUUUGUUGUUGAGACACGAAAAAAUCUCCCAUAAUUGCACGCGGCGACUGUCAAAUCACCGAAUCGAAAGGACUGGAUAAUUAAUAGCAUAAGUUAAGGUUUUUAAAUAAGAGAAAGAGAGUAGAAAUAAUGCCUCGAAAUGUACCAGAAAUGUUGGGUACACCGGUGGCAAGAAAAUGUAGCCCGUAAGUUCUUAUAUACAUAAAUAUAUAUACAUAUAUUCACGGAGAUCCACUUUUCUGACCCUCCUCCUCCCCUAAGGUGGCACUAGGUUAGUUGCUUAUGGCAAAGGGAACAGACAAACACACACACACACACACGCCCCGAUAUUUCAUUUCACCAAGAGAAAUGCCGCGAGUGCAUAUGAAGAAUUUAGUAGAUGUUUAAUAAUUUAUAACUGCGACUGCAACUUGGACCGGAAUGCGCCCGACCCGUGGAUUUGUGCUUCAUGCUCCAACGCGGUCGGAUGCCGAGCAGUGUCACAUAGUAAACAAUAACGCGCUUUAUUAGGGAUUUCCAAAUUUUGUGUACAGAAGAAGAGCUACAUACGGGAAAAGAGAUGAGAUAUAAGGGGUUUGAAAAAUAAACCCAUCGAUCGAAAGGGAUUCUUAGACGUAAUGUAAAGAGAUUUGUGCGAAGGAAGAGGCUUUCGUUUUGCGGAACGUGUACAGGAUAGGAAGAGAUGAAACAAAAACUGCAGACACAUACACAAUGCUGGUGCUAAAUGGAAGGUGUAGAAAGAACGCUGUACUCUAUCUCCAAACUCUGCGGCGACAAAUGCGCCAACGGGCUUGUACUCCGAAUUCUCC